CUAUGGAUCUUGCAUCUCAUCAUCAUUAUCCUGAGAACAUCCUCCCUCUCGAUGCAUCCUAAUAAUUUAUGUGCCCAAUCUAUGUGGUCUCUGAGAGGAGGAGUGUUUCAUCGGCCCGUGCCUUUGUUAAGGAAGAGAUGAGAGAGGGGGUGAUGUGUUGAUGAUGCACUUUUGUAUCCAGGGCAAGCAGAAUAUGGAUUUGAUCACUACUGGCAUAACCACCACUUGAGCUGUAUUUGACUGGACAAGAACAAGAACUGUCAGAAUACGGAGCAGAAGAGAUUAAAAAGAUACAUAAGCCGCUGUGCUGGUUAAUAUUAUUAUUUGCUUUGAUGCUGGAGAAGAGGGGAUUAUUAUUUGUGAAGGAGAUUCCAGCAACGACUGCAACUGCUGAAUCUAUAUAUAUAUUAUGUAUAAGCUCAUCCAUAGUUAAUCGUAAUUAGGAGAGAGGCUGAAAAGAGCAGGGUUCAACUCAUAAGCACAAACUCAUGAUCGUCACCACAUUAUUCCAUUCCACAUCCUUCAUCAUAAUUCAUCAGGAGUCUCGAGAGUCUCCAUCAAACAGAUGCAGCAGAAGCAGAAGCAGUGUAAUACUGAAUAAUACGCGAUCAUGGAAUAUCUUCUACUCAUGACAUGAGCUUUGACGACUUCAUCGUCAGCCGUGAAGCCGCAGUCAUAGAAUUUCCACAUGCAAACACAACCAGGACAUCAGCUCAGCGACUACAUCAGCAACAACAACUUUCCAAGGUCUAUGCAAAGGCAAACCCUCGACGAGACUCCACUCGCCAUUUCCCCAGUCGUCACUCGGUCACUUGGUCCACCUCGUCCACACCCACCUUCCCACCCAUCAUCUAGUCAUCGUCGUCGUCCACACUCCUCAUGGGGACUCGGCGCAAACCUUCGGAUACAAAUCAGUGAGUGAGUUAGUGAUAGUGAGUUCGUUGCUGGAAGUGAGGAGUGAAAGUGGUGAAAGGUGCAGGGUGACGAUGACGAGGAGCGUAGGUGGCAGAGGUGGCCGAGGACCAGCUACAACUAGGACGCCUCUUCUUCUCGUUGUGGGGCUUAUCCUUAUUGCUUUAAAUUUUACGUUUCUCACCUGCAGCGGGGACAGUGUUCCCAGUGGAGGUGGAAACACAAGGAACAAUAGUGACUGGACUACAAGAAGGAGGAAAAGUGGUUGGACUGUUGCUCAGCUCAUGACGACCACCUUUCCCCACGCGUCUUCCAAUGACUCUGAUCUGUACAUUUGCAAGCUUCUAGUUGGAGGUGGUGGUGGCGAGAGUCCUCGGAAUGCAAAGGUGAUGAACAGGGUUGUCGGAUCUUCGUUGUCUUCGUCAGAGAUGAUUUUCGAGGAGGACAUUAUCCUGCCCAUGAGUUCACCCACAACAGCAGCACCUCCCAGUACAGACGUCCCUAAGAACAGGGGAAGGAGGGGAAGGGGCCGGAUUAUUCGAAAGGGAAGAGCAGCCACUGCAAGAAGGGAGAGAAUCUGGGACUUUGGUGUUAUACCGUAUGAAAUUGACGGUAAUUUUAGUGGUUCUCAUAAAACCCUCUUCAAACAAGCCAUGCGUCACUGGGAGAAUAACACCUGUGUCAAGUUCGUGGAGAGGACGGAAGAGCAUCCCAACUACAUUGUCUUCACGGAAAAGGCGUGCGGAUGUUGCAGUUUUGUGGGGAAGAGAGGCAAUGGUCCCCAGGCCAUCAGUAUAGGAAAAAACUGUGACAAGUUUGGAAUCGUGGUGCACGAAUUGGGUCAUGCCGUUGGGUUUUGGCAUGAGCACACUCGACCAGACCGAGAUGAUCAUGUGGUCAUCAUUCGCGAAAACAUCAUGACGGGACAAGAGUACAACUUUAACAAGUUGACAGGCGAGGAGGUUAACUCUUUAGGAGAAAAUUAUGACUUUGACUCAAUAAUGCACUACGCCCGCAACACCUUUUCGAGAUCCACCUUCCUCGACACGAUCCUCCCACGAGAGGACCCCAACUCGAGACAUCGACCAGAGAUUGGGCAGAGGAUUCGACUCUCUUCCGGUGACAUUGCGCAGGCCAAUCGCCUUUACAAAUGUCCCGCGUGUGGGAGGACGCUCCAAGAACCGACGGGAGCACUUGCCUCACCCUUCCAUCCCGGACUUCGCGAUAACUCGCUGGAGGCAAAUGGCAACAAUGGAUCGGCUCAGAGUAGCAGCAAUAACCAUACUGCUCACAUUAUUAGCACCACUUCCCUCAUGAACAGCGGUACUGCCAGCAACCAUGAGGGUGUCGUUGGCGAAAAAUGCGAGUGGCGGAUCGUUGCAACUCAUGGGGAGACAAUCAUUCUCAACAUUUCCGAUUUUGACCUCCCAUAUUCAGACGGAUGCAAAUAUGAUUACUUGGAGAUACGAGAUGGCUACUGGCACAAGUCCCCACUUUUGGGUCGCUUUUGUGGAUCCAAUCUUAAGUUCGAGGGUCCCAUUUUGUCUUCUGGAGCAAGGAUGUUGCUCACCUACACCACGACAAAGCCAGUCUCGUCCUACCGUGGAUUUUCUGCUUCGUACGAAGCAAUUUGUGGGGGUGACCUCAUGGAUGAGGCUGGAGCAUUAGAAUCACCCAACUUUCCCGACGAAUACCUGCCCUCCAAAGAGUGCAUUUGGAGAAUCUCGGUCCCAGACGGCUAUCAAGUUGCUUUAUCCUUCCAUUCCUUUGAAAUUGAGAACCAUGAAAAUUGUGUCUACGACUUUCUCGAAAUUCGUGAUGGGCUGACUGCCAAUUCCACCCUGUUGGGGACAUAUUGUGGAUACUACCCACCCUCCCCACUAACUUCCUCCUCCAACAGCCUCUGGGUGAGAUUCGUGUCUGAUGGGAGCGUGCAAAAAGGUGGAUUCUCAGCCUCCUAUCUAAAAGAACUGGAUGAGUGUGCCCGUGGACUUGAUGAUUGUGAACACACGUGUAAAAACACAAUCGGUUCGUACACGUGUGGAUGUAAGUUUGGCUUUGAGCUCCACUCCAACGGAAAGGAGUGUGAAGACGCGUGCGGAGGUUUAUUGGAGGAGUCAAAUGGAACCCUGACGUCCCCUUCCUUCCCAAAUCUCUACCCCUCCAACAAGCAGUGCGCGUGGGAGCUGUCAGCACCUCCGGGAAAUCGCAUCACCCUUAACUUUACCCACUUUGACUUGGAAGGGAACAAUCAAGAGUGCGACUAUGACUCGGUGGAGGUGUACUCAAAACUUGGGGCGGACGAGUUGAAACGCCACGGGACAUUUUGUGGGACUAAGCCCCCGCCCAUGAUCUCCUCCGAAGGCUCUUCCCUCCGUAUCGUCUUCACCUCUGACAACUCUGUCCAAAAGAGUGGGUUCGCUCUAGUCUGGAUUACGGACCAAGACGAGUGUGCCGUAGAGAAUGGGGGCUGUGCUCACAUUUGCAGAAACACAGUUGGUUCCUAUGCAUGUCUUUGUCACAAUGGGUUCACCCUCCACGAGAACGGCCAUGAUUGCAAAGAAGGGGGUUGCAAGUUUGAACUGACGAAUCCACCCACACCCUCAAUGGGCAUUGGUGGCGUCAUGGGAAAUGAGCUAGAGUCGCCCAACUACCCUGAACCAUACCCGGGCAAGAAGGAGUGCAUUUGGAUCAUCACGACGGUUCCAGGACAUCGGGUGAAACUCGUGUUUGACGAGUUUGACGUGGAGCCACAGCAAGACUGUAGCUACGAUGCCCUAUGGGCUUACGACGGAGCCAAUUCGGACGCCCCACUACUGGGUAGAUUUUGUGGUUCAAAGAUACCACACCCACUCAUCUCCAGUGGGAACGUAUUGAGUGCGCUGUUCAAGUCUGACGGUAGUGUACAUCGACGGGGAUUCCACGGGCGGCACUACUCACUCUGCGGUGGUCUUCUCUUUGCCGUAGUGGGUGAGGAUCAAGGGGGGAUGAUUUACUCGCAUGCCUCCUACGGGGACUCGACCUAUGGCGACAACGAGGAUUGCGAGUGGAUCAUUGAGCUGGAUUCCGGUAACUAUGAUGACGAUGGAGGAGGGGGCGAUGCUGACGGCGGUGGUGGCGGCGGCGGCGGCGGUGGGGGAGGACGGCUUUCUUCAUCUUCAUCUGGAGGACCCAGCUACAUAAUCCAGCUCACGUUCCUCUCCUUCGAGGUGGAGGACGAGAACGACUGUGCAUUCGACUUUGUGGAGAUGUAUGAGGGCGACGACCCGGGAGGAGCAGGAACGAAAAGUUUGGGAAGGUUUUGUGGAAACAGAAUCCCUCCUCCCAUUUCGUCCGAAGAGAACGGGUCACUUCUCCUGAGGUUCAAGUCGGACGACACGGUGAACGGCAAGGGAUUUUCAGCCAUGUAUCGCGCCGUGGAAGCGGGUUCGCCAUCAUCUAAACAAAUACCACCACAAACGCCAAUACAGACAGUGCAGUCAUUAGUAUCCAGGAGUAAUAACAUUACGAAAGCUACUUAACCGCACCCUUCCAUCUAAUUAAUUAGCAAUGUAAUUACCAUCCACCCACCCACGCACCCAACCUACCAAAACUAAAGCAUUUCCAUUACCUCUUCUAUCUACCUCUCUGACCCGGUAUAUAAAUAUAUAAAUAUAUAUUUCCAACAGCCACUACUACUCGCAGUCAGUCAUUUUAUCAUGCGACUUCAAUCCGAUUUUGUAUGCAGCCGUUAUAGUGUUUUUUCAAAUUCCAUUCCAAAUACACAACAAUGUUGAUAAAUAUUGCUAAUUAACACUUAUUAUUAUUUCAAUUAGGAGUAUUCUGAAUUUGUGAGUAGAAUUACGAUGAGUUUGUGAUGUAUAACUUUUAUAUUUGAAACUGUCGUGUACAUUUCAUUUGUACAUGUACAACUGACCUGCUGUAUAAUAAUAAUAAUAAUGUACUCGUAAUGUGUUCUCGUAAUGUCCAAGUCGGGUUUUGUUACAUAAUUUGUGUGUUUGUCGAAGCUUGCGUUGUUGUGUGCCAUUGAUUAUUUCGAAUAAAUUAUUACAGGAUAUAUCGCUGAUAAUGCAAUGAUAGUGUAUAAUAAAGAAGAAAUAG